CAACCAUGCGCCUCGGACGAUUGUUUCGCGCGCACGGCGAAUUCUGCGCCUCGCACCCGUGGGAGGUGAUCGUGACGUUGGUCACUGGUGCGGCCUGCAUCCUCUCGCUCGACAAGGGCACUGGCGACGCGACGCAACAGCCGUCGAAUGUUGGCGGCCGCUAUGAUUCCCACCGUACGGUCGACGUUCGGCUGUGCGAGGAAACCGAACGGACCAUCAUCGACAUCAUACUGAUGAUGGUGGUGCGUGGUGCGGCCAUCCUCUACAUUUACUAUCACUUCAACAAUCUACAGAAGCUCGGUUCCAAGUACAUACUAGGCAUUGCCGGCCUUUUCACCAUUUUUUCCAGCUUCAUCUUUACCUCCACCGUACUGAACUGGCUCGGCUGUGGAGUAUCCGAUCUGAAAGACGCACUGUUCCUUUUUCUGCUGCUGAUCGACCUGUCGAAGGCCGGCAUACUGGCCCAGCUCGCGCUGUGCGGUGCCAACCAGUCUGAGGUGACGACGAACAUUGCGCGCGGCAUGGAGGUGCUCGGUCCGGGCCUGUCGCUCGACACGCUCGUCGAAACGCUGGUGAUCGGCGUCGGUACACUGUCCGGUGUGCAGCGGCUGGAGGUGCUCAGCUUCAUUGCCGUCAUGUCCGCGCUGGUCAACUACAUCGUCUUCAUGACCUUCUAUCCCGCCUGCCUAUCGCUCAUACUGGAGCUGACGCACAAGAGCCACAACCGGGUGCAGAAGUUUGGUGGCGAAAAUUUGAUCCGUCACGUGCUGCUGCAGGAGGAUAGCAAACCGAAUCCGGUCGCCCAGCGCGUCAAGCUGAUCAUGUCCAGUGGGCUGUUUGUUGUGCACGUGCUGAGCCGGUUCCCCAUCUCGGACAAGGAGUCGGAUGCGGCCGAACAGAUUAUUGCAUCGCAAACGCACGAGCAUCUGGCCGCCAUGAAUAAGACGGACACGAGUGAAUUCUCCGAACUGAUUAUGCACUGGCUAACGCUCAGUUUAGAGCAAAUCUUUACCUACAUCCUCAUCAUCACGCUCGGCGUUAAAUUUGUACUGUUCGAUCGCUACCAACUCUCCGACCAUCUGAUACAGUCUGUGGCACAGGAACAGGCAGCAGCUGCGGCUGCUGCUGCCGCUGCCGCUGCAGCACUGAACGAAAUCAAUCAACAAAAUCAAAGGCCUCCCGUUACAUUCACCUUGGCCGAAUCCGUAACACUGGAGGAAAAAGCUACCCAGAGCGAACUGAGCCUAAUCGGCAAGGGUCGGUUUGGUCGCAAGUUGCGCAAGCAUACACUGGUGGAGAAUGGUGCGGAUCGCGUGCUCGAAUCGUCCAGUGAGGAAGACGACGAAUUGCUGCUCGAUAGUGAGGAGGAAGAGGUUGAGCGGGAACCACGUCCCUUGGAGGAGUGUAUACAGAUUCUGCAAGAGGAGGGCAACGGGAAGCGGCUGACCGAUACCGAGGUAGAGCUGAUUGUUCGUGCCGGUCGUGGCAUUUGCCCGCUGUACAAGAUCGAAACGAUUAUUGGUGAUGCGGAGCGUGGUGUACGUUUGCGGCGCAAUAUGGUGAUGAAGGAUGCGGGUCGUAAUCCGGGAACGCUCAAAGAUUUACCAUACCUCAACUACGACUACUCGAAGGUGAUGAAUGCGUGCUGCGAAAAUGUGCUCGGUUACGUGCCGAUUCCGGUUGGUUAUGCUGGUCCGCUGCUGCUUGACGGUAAGCGAUACUUCGUACCGAUGGCCACUACCGAGGGUGCGCUGGUGGCGAGCACAAAUCGCGGCUGCAAGGCACUAUCGAUCCGGGGCGUUACGAGCUUCGUGGAGGAUAUUGGAAUGACGCGUGCCCCUUGCAUUCGCUUCCCGAACGUGCUGCUGGCGGCCCAGGCAAAGCGGUGGAUGGAAUCGGCCGACAAUUUCCAGCGCAUUAAGAAAGCGUUCGAUUCAACCAGCCGGUACGCACGCCUGCAGGAUCUGCACAUUGCCAUCGAUGGGCCGGUGCUGUACGUUCGGUUCCGUGCCUUUACCGGUGAUGCGAUGGGUAUGAACAUGCUGUCGAAGGGGACGGAACGGGCCCUGCGUGACAUACAGUCGGUGUUUCCCGAGAUGGUAAUCAUUUCGCUCAGCGGUAACUUCUGCUCGGACAAAAAACCGGCCGCCAUUAAUUGGAUAAAGGGGCGCGGUAAGCGUGUCGUGUGCGAAACAAUCAUCCCGGCCGAUAAGCUUGAAUCGAUCUUUAAAACAAACGCACGAACGCUCGUGCAGUGCAAUAAGCUGAAAAAUAUGACCGGAUCGGCGGUAGCGGGUAGCAUCGGAGGUAAUAAUGCGCAUGCCGCCAACAUGGUAACGGCGAUCUAUAUUGCGACCGGACAGGAUCCGGCCCAGAACGUUACCAGCAGCAACUGUUCGACCAACAUGGAAACGUGCGGUGAGACGGGUGAGGAUCUGUACAUUACCUGCACAAUGCCAUCGCUGGAGGUGGGCACACUGGGCGGUGGAACUGGACUGCCGGGGCAGGGUGCGUGUCUUGAUAUGCUGGGUGUGCGUGGUUCGCAUCCGACGCAUCCGGCAGAAAAUGCGAAACAGCUGGCCCGCAUCAUCUGCGCCACCGUCAUGGCCGGAGAACUGAGUCUUUUGUCGGCACUGGUCACUAGCGAUCUAGUCAAAAGCCAUAUGCGACACAACAGAUCAUCGGUAGCAGUUAAUCCAAAUGUUCAGCCACCGGCGCCCGCAAAGGGGGGUGAAACAAAUGUUUCAUCUUAACAACUAGCCGCCCAGCGUGCAGUAGCGAGAUGAC